AUGAACCACAUUCCUCCGCUUCCCGCUCUCGACGCAGACACACAGCUCGAGAUCUACACCCACAGAUCAAUAAGAUACACACCAGAUGGUCAAGAGAGUGUCGAUCGCUUAGCUGAACUCGGCUCUUCCGUGUUGAGCAUGGCUGUCGUUCACACUCUGUUUUCAAAGCAACCAAAACUUCCUGCCGAAGAACUAAAGGUACGUCGGCCAGAAAAACACAAUGAAAUUUUGAUUACAAAAGUGCCCGAGUGGGUGUCCUUGUACGGGAUGAAGAGCAAAGUAAGAGGUGUCGCCGACCGGUCGAUCCUUGAUAGGCCUGAAGAAUAUAACUUUCUGUUCAACUCGUAUGUCGGAGCUGUAUACGACCAGAAAGGAUUUCCUUCCAUCAUUCAAUGGAUAGGCCGUCUUGUCGACCCUGAGGCUCCGACCAUCCCACUCCCAGGAGACGGCGCAUCCCCACCGCCCUAUACCUCUAAUUCUUCCCUUCAUUCCAGCCCGGCGGCCACCACCUCGACAACCCUGUCUUCGGCAACCCUAGAUAGCCCACCACCACAAAACGUACCACCGUCCAUGACUGUUUUGGCGACGUUCAAUCAAACAUGUGCUCAACGAGGAAUGACCAUAAACUGGGACGCAACAGCGGACGGCCCAUCUCAUCAGCCUCGCUGGGUGGUUCGGUGCCUUGUGAAUGGAGUGCUCCGAGGUACAGGUGUCGGAAGAAACCAGAAGGUAGCAAAAGAAGAGGCAGCCAAACAAGCAUACCAGUCGUUAUGGGGGCAUUGAUAGCAUGCGACGGGUCCAAUAUGGUGUAUAAUCCUUCAUGUCCGGUCGUGUUUCCACGUUCGUAAGUCUGUAUCAUUGAAAUCAUUGUAUCCUACAUCAGCCAGAAGAAAAUAUAUGCAGCCACCAGAGCUAGUAAUAUCUUGAGCUGGGGAUCCAUAUUUGUCCACGUUGACCCCCGGUCAUCACUAGACGGGGAACCUCUGAGAGUUUGUCCUUGGCCAGGGAACGUGCCAGCAGUGGGACCGGUAAGUUGUUUCAGCGCGUUUUGGAGUCCCCUAUGAAUCUAGGUCACAGGGUGUGGUGUCAGAAUUUCAUUUGCAACUCACUGCUUGUCAGCGCCUUUAAUCGUAUGCACUU